AUGGCGACUGACGGAGGUUGGCAAGAGGCUACGAAUAGAAGACGAAGGAAGACAGCGGCGAUAGGAAAUCAAAAAAGUUGGAAUCAUGCAGGGGUAACGACGCUGUUUGUAUCUAAUAUUCCUCAUGAGACCAGGAUUGAAUCCUUAAAAAGUUUCUUCACCAAAUAUGGGGAAGUGGUGGACGUGUAUGUGGCUGCGAAGAAAGACGUAAACAAAAAGUCUUUUGCUUUUGUGCGAUUUAAAGCGACGGGAGAUGAACGGAGACUUGAGGAGUCCCUUCAAGGCAUAACUUUUAAAGAAAGACCGCUAGAGAUCAACAUAGCAAGGUUUGCAAGAAAAUCGAUCAAUUCAAAAGGGGACAAGUUUACGAGGAAUCAGAACCAAUACAGAAGACCACAUGAACAUCGAUGGAGAGGUAGAGAUAACAGAUCCUUCGCUGAGGUGGUACGAGGUAGUAACAAACUUGGGAGAACUACGACCUACCAAACCCAAGCGAUACUUUUAUCUCCAAUUAAAAUCUCAGAUGAUUCACCGCUUAAGGGAUGGUUGAGUAGUAAGUUAACUUUGAUUGGUGAAAUACACAGCUUCGACCAUCUCGAAAAGGUGCCACUUGCAUUCAAGAACUGUGAUGGGUCUGAAUGUGAACUAAAAUACUUGGGAGGGCUACGAAUGGGCGUCAAAUUCAUAGAUGACAAGAGCAGAGAUUCGUUCCUGGUUAGGUGGUCGAAAUGGUUUAGGUUGAUGGAGAGCGGCGAUAUCGCGACUUAUAACUUCGAAAGGAUAGCAUGGAUAAAAAUCAUCGGCCUCCCACCAAAACUAUGGUCAGAAGAGAAUUUCUCGAAAAUCACCGGACUGAUGGGCAGGGUGAUUGUUCCAUUCGAAGUUGAUACAUCCAGUGCGAAUUUAGUCUAUGGGAACGUCGUCGAUCUUGACUGGACUCCAUUUAAGCAACUUGAUCACUCAUUGGAGGAUACUUCCUCAUCAGAUGAAGAUGAAGACGAAGUGGAUGACUUGGUCGGAUCGGACGAUGAAGAUCAUGUAUCGGAUACCCCUCCAAUGCAGUAUGAAAAGGAAGAGUCUGAAGAGGGCGAGAUUAGAGAAGAGGAUGGAACGGAAAUAAACUCUCACUUACAUGUGGCCGGUAAGCAUAACAACUCGGAGAUGAGGCCGCCUCCGGCGAUCAUGGUACCGGCAGGGACUGACGGAGGAAGUGAAACCGAAUUGCAUUGGGAAUCCCAAAGGGCACAAAUUAAUGCAAACGUUAAUGAACCGACGGUUAUUGGAAAGUCAAACGGGAAUGCAGGAAAUAUUGCGCCGUCUAAAAACCUGGAGUCUACCAAUUUGGGCCAUAUGGACUUGUCAAAUGGGCCCCUAAACGCGUUACCUUUAACUGGCUGCUUUGGCCCUUUUCAUAACAAUAUGGUUCGAAGUGAACCAAUUCCGGGUCGAACCAACAAUAAUUUUAAAGGAUCCUCUGAUAAAAGAAGAUGA